AAGAUAAAUUAAAAAUAAACAACCUUAUCUAAUUAAACAUCAAACAAAGGUAAUAAAAAACAAUGAUUCAGUGGGCUCAUAACGCACAAACACGACUCUUCUCCUCUCCUCUUCUCUUGCGUGUUUCAUCUCCUGCCUCCGCCAGCGGCGGCGCUCCUCCUUCUCCACCAGCGGUGACGUUUCCUCCUACCUCUUGGUCUUCUCUCUUGCUUCCCUUCUCUGUUACUUGAAAUAGGUGCUUUCUCUUGGAAAUUUUGGAAUGAAUGGAUUGGAGAUGACAAUCUCCGCAACAAGCAAUUUCGGCAUGAUUAGGUUCGGUGUCAUUCUCCAGAAAACAUUUGUAUCACCUUGUAUCAGGAGAAAGUAUGGAAAAGGAAAUUUUAGAAAUCUGUCCAUGUGUACCUCACCAUCAGUUUCUUUCGUUAACCCUGACACUGCUCAGUCCCCCUCAUUUACGGUAUUUGCAUCCCAACUUCCACAGGCUGAUGUCACACAACGGUCAGACGAGUGGUUCGCUCUUCGCAAGGACAGGCUAACCACAAGCACAUUCAGCACUGCGUUAGGCUUUUGGAAAGGGGGCCGCCGCCUCGAGCUGUGGAAUGAGAAAGUGUUUGCAUCAGAGAAACAAAUCAUAGAAGCUUCUAAGAAAGCCAUGGAAUGGGGAGUGCUCAAUGAGGCAGCUGCUAUAGAACAGUACAAAAAAAUCACAGGCCAUGAGGUGGGCUCAAUGGGGUUUGCAGUCCAUUCAAAACAGUCUUAUGAUUGGCUCGGCGCCUCUCCUGAUGGUGUUCUUGGAUGCUUCCCGGGAGGUGCAAUGGGGAUAUUGGAAGUCAAGUGUCCAUAUAACAAGGGCAAGCCUGAGACAGGAUUGCCAUGGUCAACCAUGCCUUUCUAUUACAUGCCUCAAGUGCAGGGCCAAAUGGAGAUAAUGGACUGUGAAUUGCUUGAUUUGUAUUGUUGGACCCCAAAUGGAAGCACUAUAUUUCGCGUGGUCAGGGAACGCGAGUAUUGGAACUUGAUAUAUGGGAUUCUAAGAGAGUUUUGGUGGGAAAAUGUGAUUCCUGCUAGGGAAGCUCUGGUGUUGGGAUGCGAAGAGGAGGUGAAGUCUUACGAGCCUGCAUCUACACACAAGAUGACAGGUUUAGCAAUUUCUAAGAGCAUAAAGUUAGCUAGUGAGACAAAGCUAAUAUGCAGAGAACUUGGUGGUCAUGUUGAAUUUUAUAACUGACUGUUGUACACUUGUAGUGAGUUAGGAAAUGAUUCAAUCAUUUAAUCCCUAUUCUUUGUACUGCCUUCAGCGCCCUUCUAUCUUUGAAGCAAACAGGAUUUGUAUAUAACUUUCAUUUCUUGUAUUUCAUAUAGUAACUUUUAGCA